AAAAGAAAGAAGCUAGCUGGAUUUCUGGCAUGUGUGCCUGUGAGACGACAGAGAAGGAGCAUACAAGAGGAGCUGGGAAAGGGGGAAUAUCUAUGAGGACAGGAGGAGGACAGCAAGAGCAAGGACAGAGCCACUUCACAGAGGCCCAAAAUGCAUUCUGAGGCCCAGAAAACGAAAAUGGAGGAGAACACAAAGCACAUAUAGAUUUGUGAAUAAACAGAUCUCUACAAAACUCCGUAAGACUCCAAGACUUGGGAAAGAAGUUAAUCCUAGGACGAAGCACCCCAUUUGGGGAAGAGGGAGAGGAAAAUUCCAGAAGUUUCCAGAUUUGUCCAUAACUAGGCCAGGCCUAACUUUGCCACCCGCUCUUAAUGCAGUACACUAUCACAUGUUUUCCUGCAGUCCAGGAUUCCAUCCACCUGGGAACUCUGGUAGGUGAUCCUCCUCCGGCGCCAGUGGUGAUGGGUUGCUCUAAUGAUGAGAUCACGAGGUUACAUCACUCUGACGAGCCUCCUGAAGCGGGGUCCCUGUACUCCAGAGAGGGUGCCUACUUCUCAAAUGCAGAACACCACUCCAUGAAAGAUAUCCUGACGGAAGAUGAGAUUUACUGCUGCUCCCUUUCCAAGACGCUGUGCCACACCUCCACGCCAGUCACUGUGGGCUUCUACUCGCCCUGUGGAACCCGCCUCCACUCACUGCUUGAUCAAAUUGCAGAAUGCAUGCACAAGGAAUCCAUCCGGAGAGAGGAAAGUGAGUACCAGAGGACUCAUGAGAGGCCCCGGCUGCCAGUAGGAUGGAACUACCUCACCCUCCUGUGGUACCUGGUCUUCUACGAACCAGUCAUCACAGAGGUCCACCUCAGAAGGAAGAACAUAGACUUCAUCUUCCUAAGAUUCAGCGCCUGGCAAUAUGCCGGCAGUGACAAGCUGUGGGCUGGGCUGGUCACCACCUUGUGCGACCACAUCCGCCACUACUUUGGGCCUCUGCCUCUGAGCUUCUACCAUGUGAUGGGGAGCAAGCCGCAAUUCGCCUCUGGAUUCAGUCAGAACGAGUGGAGGGUCAAAAAGAAAGUCGGCUAUACAGCCGGAGGACUUGCAGCUGCCUUGGCAGGCGGUGUGGCCCUGGCCACGACUGCAUACUUUGUGCCAGGGUUAAGGGAUGGCAGUGUCUUGCAGAUUCUUGGCACUGCCAUCGCUGGUGUUUCUACUUCAGGGGCCCUCCUGACCAUUGCUCCAAUCAUUAAGCACCUGAUCAUCAGCCAGAAGAAGAAGAUAGAGAGUAUGACCAAUAAUGAGAAGUUCUCCAGCCACCUGGGUUUCAUGAGCUCAGUGAAGAAAGAAAUUGAAAUCCUGACCAACUUUGUGUAUUACAUGGAGAUCUUUGAGCGGCGGCGGCUGAGGAUCGUUUUUGAGAUUACUAGCUUGGACAUGUGCUACCCAGAAAGGACAAUAGGGGUUCUGAAUGCUAUCAACACAUUGCUUUCAGACAUCAACGCCCCGUUCAUCUUCAUUCUGGUCGUGGACCCUUGCAUCAUUGCCUCUUGCUUAGAGCAUGCCGGCUGCAUGAAGGGAAUGGCUGACAAUGGCUACCUCUACCUCAACCGCACCGUGACGUUGCCUUUCUCCAUCCCAGAAAUUGGCCUCAGGUCAAAGAUGCGGUUUUUGCACGAGGCUUUCCAAAGCCGGGAAGACCUGAUGUACAGGAUCAUCACCAGAAACGUGGAAGAGGGAGUCAAAAAGGCCAAAGGUAAUGAAGUGGCCUUGGCAGACAUGGAGGCAUCAACAGAGGUGGAUCAGCACCAGAUCGACGCUCAGGCUGUGCAAUACAUCCAUGAAGCUUUCCACUGCUUGCACGACGAGUUAGACAGCCUUUACAAGUACAUCCCAGACAGUAUUGUCCAGAUGAGGAGGAUCGUCAACACCAUCCCCAUCACUAUCAGGCUUAUGACCCAGCAGCACAUCUUAAGGUACACCAUCUGUCCCCGGUCAGUGGCGGCCUGGAUUGUCUUGGCUAACCAGUGGCCAUGCCGUUUGAGUUGGAUGCUGCAGUGCAUGGAAGACAGGCUCCAGAACCUGCCAACCCAGGACUACGAGAAGGAGCCGAUGUGGCACGUCUUCACGGAGAAUUGCAAGGAACUCUUCUCCCAACACGAAGAACUUCAUAACUUCAUGGCCUUGGACAAUGACCCAGAACUCUUCCAGAAGUUCUUGUCUUGCGACUUCCCUUUCAGUGUGCAGGAUGGGAGGAAAUACCUGAAGCACACAGUCAACUUGGACCACUCCAUCAGGCAUAAGAUGGGGCAGCUGCGGUCACUGUCGUCCCUGGAAAAGGACUACAGCAAAGAUGAGGCUAACUCCAGAACGGUGUAAGGCUGUGGAUUUCAAGCUGUGUUCCAAGGAACCUGGUGUUUGCUGGAGGGUUAUCAAAUAAGAUCAGUAAUGGUGGACAAGCUGUUUGAGAGACCAUUUUGCCUACGCCGCUCAUUUAUCCUUCCAAUGUGGGAGCUACAGAGAGGAUUAUCACCUACGUUCUGAGGCACUCACUGAGUUCAGUCCAGGCUGAUGGGAAGGUUGAAGAGGCCUAGCUAGUGCCUGUGUGAACUGCAUGUGCAUCCUAGGACCCAUCCCAGAAUCCUCUGGGAAAUUCACAGGGUUUCAUGGCAUUCAGGUUAUUGUAGGAAGAGUUUCCUGAUGCCUGGAAAGUUUGAAAGCAAUUUGCACCGGGAAAAGGGAUUAGAACUAUCAGAUGUUGUCACAUGCCACGCAAUUUGAAACAAUAUUUUGUGUACUGGUGUAACUUAUGAAUACUGUGAAUAUAGGAAAAAUUUGGAUUAGAAGACAUGUGCAGUGCAGCCAAUGUAGGAUUUAGAUUCACGCGAGGAGCUGAUGGAAUUAUUUAUCUAAAAGGAAGAGGAUCACAGAAGUGGAGGAGGGAAGCAAUAUUAAUGGUGCAUGAUAGCUACGGCAUGGCUGUGUGUAACCCACAAAUGCAGAAAAAGUACAAUGUGAAAUGAGUAGACCCAGAAAUCAGCAUCAUGAUAACCAGACUUUUUUUUUAAGUCAAAGUUUCUAGCCCUUGUGGCUGCAAAGCAGUGUGAGGGGGAAACCUACUGAAAUCUCAGAAAACAGAGGACUGUCUGCAUAAGAUUUCUAAGGUAUGAAGGGUCAAAUCAGUCUUAUUUCUGGUCCAUGUUACUUUUGCAUCAGUUCUGUCCUGGAUCUGCAUUAAUCUGCAAUUUUAAAUAAAAACUUCAGCACAAAAAUGCACUUAAGU